GAAUUGUCCGUGGGAGGGAGCUUACUCAGGACGUAACACCGGAGGGGGGGCGAUUCCCGGUCAACAAUCGCAGUUGUGCAUACAAUUUGAGCCUCUCUCCCUCUCUCAUUCUCCCUCUCCUUCACCCUCUACUUCUACCCCUCGAUUCCCACGCAUACCUACACAUACGUAGAGAGAUACAUUCGGAGAGUACCCCAGGUCGAACGACGACGUACCCAUCGUAAUUAGAGCAUUGCACCCCGGACGACGAUCCUACACGCACCCGGACCGCCGCUAGCAGCACUAGUUCGCGAGGGCCAGGCGAAAGAGGAAGAAUUGAAGACGGAGGCAACCCUCUAAUAUUCGCACCCCUAAACAGGAAGAAACUUGAGGCCUGGCAGAACAUGCGCUCGUCGUCCGCAUCUAACAAUCGCGGCGUAAGGGGAGGCGACGACCGAUACCAGUAUUCUGUUCGAGGCGGCCCCGCGCCCCCAAGGCCACCCAGAGAUUUCGACAGCAGCGUUAGCGACGAUUAUAUGUCUGGGAGGCACCAGAACCGCCAAAGUCUCCAGCCUGCACCACCCGUGCAGGCGCCUCAUUCCUACCGCAACUCAAUCUACGGGCGUCCUGCAUCUUCCAUAUACUCGCAGCCGUCGCCGGCGGCCGCUACCUUCGCCGCUCACCAGCUACGAGCCGAAGCCGCGUAUCGCGACCCUACCGAGAUCUCCCCGCCGAGUUCCCCUGACAUACUGUCCCCCCGGGACGGACCAAACCCGGGCGACGUCUCACCCAUUGACGAAAUCCCAGACAUGUCUCAACUGGCUAUGGAGUCAGAGGGACUGCCUAAACCUGAAGCGCGCACCAACAUCCCUAUGAUGCGCCGCGAGCGCCGCAAGAACUCGGACGCAGCACUGAGUGCCCUCCGCGAGUCCAAGUCGCGCGAGCGGCUAAAGCAGCAGCGACCGCACGGCCACGACAUACGCUGGGAUCCACGAACUGGCGAGCCCACGACAGAUGUGAAAGGUCAUCCGUCACAAGUGAACCCGCAGGAGUACGCUCACGGCCUUGGCAUCCAGACAGACCCGGCGUCUCCCCCGCGGAACAAGCAAGACCAGCAAAGCCAGAGUCCGUUUGGUGAACGUGUGCGUCGAGCGCGACAGCCUGGUAGCACGUCAACGGGAGAAUCUAGCCUAGGCCAACGACCCGAAUGGAAAGGGGCGAGCGGUAGAACGACGUUAGUCGCACCCGUUAGCGACACUAAGGACGUACCCAAAUUGAAGGUCCCUCGCAAGAGUAGCAAGCGGGCUGCCCGCGAACAAAAUGUGUUACCUCCUGUAGCCUCUGUCGGAUCCGAACCCACCUCCUCUCCGGCCGCCCGUAUCCCAGGUGUAGGCGGUAACCGGAGAACAACAGCACAAUCCUCCGGCGUCGCAGUUGUCCCGCAGACAUAUCCGAGUCCACCCCUCUCAGACGACAACAGUACUACCCCGGCAAAUAGCCAUACCACUACACACCCCCGGGAGCACCACCAAACCCCGGCCGGUGACAAGGCCAUUCGCCGAAAGCCAGCGGGUGGUUCUUCCGGCCAUUACCACGAGCCACCGGCGUCGUCCGAGACACCCUCUCAAUACAAUCACACGCCGCGAGCAGCACAGACAGCACCCGUUCACAUGCCCGGCACGUCGCCCGAAGACGGUUGGACGCAACCACCGUCCCGUUUCAGCAUCACCACAUACGCAACAUCACAACAGUCUUCGACGCCACGUGAGAGCGUCGAUGGGGGCAACGAGCCGCCAGUACCCCCGUUACCGCUCCAGCCAGUGCGGCCGUCAAUUCUCGACCGCAAGCGCCCCGUCGUUUCUGGAUACGAGGACAACGACGGCUCGUUUCGCAAGAACUCGCCGCCGGUCGAGGCGGUCAAGAUUAGCCUCGACUCGCCAUACUACACGGCAGUAAAGACAGUGGGCGACAAAGACAAGAACAAUCGCAAAGGUGGUAACAAGAAUGGUACCACCAGCAGAGACGUGGAUAGUAGUGGUAGUAGGGAUAGCAACGGAACGGCAGUCGGGACGGGCACAGAGAAGUCGCUGCCGCUGGCGCCGCCAGAGACGGAGUCUCAGGACCGGGUGGCGCAACUGGACGCGCGGCUGCGGGCGCUGGGGAACCGGCGGAUCAACCUGAACACGGCGAUCCGGCAGAUGACGGAGCUGAUGCCGACAGACGGGGCGCUGCUGGAGACGGCAGCGACGGCGCGGAGACGCGAGGAGGAGAAGCGCAAGGUGGAGACGCUGCGGCAGGAGCUGGCCGAGGUGGAGCGCGAGUCGUACGACCUCGGGCUCAAGCUCCACCGCGCGUACAAGCGGCUCGACCGCAACGCCGAAUUCGAACCGACGACGUUGUGGGUACGGCGGGUUACGGGGUGAAGGCGGAGGCAAGGUCUGAAGAGAGAGAGGGAGGGAAAUGAACAGGCGAAGGAGGGGGAGGAAAUGGAACUUGACGACGGACACGAUAUGGCUCGGCACGGCUCGACGCGGCCGGAUAUACCCGUGUUGACGACCUAGCUAUAGUUCGUGUGCGGGAUUAGCCAGGCGGCGGAUCUGCGAAGACUAGGUUUUCCUCGGGAAGGUGAAAGGAAGGGGAGACGGAGUGAGGAGAAGGGGAGGGCACGAGAGACUCUUGCGCAUGCAUGACCCGAACGACAACUUACUACGCCACUAGACGAGACAGUUGUGAGGGCAUUGGGAUCCAGGGGGAGGCGCUUGUCUCGAAGUCGAUGUCGAUGCCCCCUCGUUCCUGUCCCGUGUCAUCCUCUUCCAGUUCCUCUAUCCUUCUGUCUUUUUUUCCAAGCCUCGGUCUUCUGUACGGCUAUGUAAAUUAAUCAAUAUGUUGGUCCAUCCAUCCAUCCAUCAGGCAGGCAGGCAGGCAGGCAGGCAGGCAGGCGGGC